AUGAUUUCAAGCAAAACGAAUGUAACAUUAGACGAGUUACAUCCAACGACCUACGAAUGUUAUGUUAAAAAGAAAAGUUCCUUUUUCUAUUGGAAGAAAUUGUAUAUGGUAUACAAAGACACGACUUUAUACUUUUUUGACACUCCGACAUCGCCAUCCUCACAAAGUUACAACAUUCAGAAAGGUUCAUUCUCGAUAGAACACACUAAUGGACGAUCUUUAGUAAUCAAAGUCACCUUAUCCAAUGGCAAAUUGAUCUUCUUUGAAGUUGAAACUCUCGACGACUUAAAAACGCUUUUCUAUCACUUCACAUCGAAAGUCCCCGAAUUUGAUGCAUCUGAAGACAUACCAAAUUCGCCGAAGAAUCAAUUAGUUUCAACAUAUAACAUUCAACUCAACACUUCCAACGAUACUUUAAAUAAUGUUAACGCCGAGCGAAUGGCUCAACAGUCUUUCAAUGGGAGAAUCAACACGACGGAGAUUUCAAGGACUUUAUCGUGGACAGAGACUCCCCAAUUUCACUCUUUUAUGAAAGCGAUACCAACACUUAAUGCCUUACAACCAGGGAGUUUAGUUAAUUACUAUUUACGAGUGAAUAGCUCCGCUCAAGUUGUGGAGUUCUUGUGUUCUGGACCUUCCGAAGUGAUGCAUUCCCCUUUACUUUAUUAUUUCGACACGUUAGGAGGGACUAGUAAUGACUUAUCCAUCUUCGAUAAAUUAAGUUCAACAGGAAAGGUGGGCGCCUGGGCAAAGUUCUCUCAAGUCGGAGGGUGUGACUUCGGUUAUGUUGUCGAUUUUCAACCAUCUUCAUUCCCUUCUUUAUAUGAAAAACUCUCGUUGUAUUAUAUCGGCGAACUACUGACUUAUAAAAAGGAGGUCAGCAGUGAUCCCGUCCAUUCAGAAGAAUUACUUUUCGAAGUCACCGGACACCCCGCUGUCAAACAAAAGAAGAUCGAAGACGUUUUAAUGCAUUUCGAAUUUAAUGAUUUAUCAAGUAAAAUCGGAUGCAUUAAGAACCUCAAUUUACUCACAAAAGUGUACUUCACUUUUAUAAUCCUCAGAGAAGAACUCACUGGAAUGAAAAUACUCAUCAAUCAACCAGACACUUCUUUGAUUAAUAAGUCCAUGACAAAAGAAGAACUCAUUCUUCACCAACCUUUCCAAUCAAACUCUACUAAAAUCGAAGCUUUAGAAUUUUCGGAAGUGUUGCCUGAAUAUUGUUUUGGUGUGUAUCCUUCAGGCGUUCAAGUCUACUUACAUUACAAUUGUGGAUUCGAUAGAUGUUAA